AUGUCAUCGUCGAGUUCAUCAUCGGCCAAGACCAAACGAUCUGCUCGACGCUGUCUAUUUGGCCGUGCUGAUCCGGCUCUCACCCAACAAUGGCUCACCGAGCGUCUGGAAGAGAUUCGGAACAAGGAGAAAGCCAAAUGGGGUUUCAACUUCUCUUGUGAAAUGCCCAUUCCUGGAACAUCUGAGUACGAGUUCACACCAAUCGGCGAGGAUAGCGUUCCUGAAUUCUACAGGACCAAGCACAUUCCAUCGAUUUCAUCAACGGUCAGCUCGCCGACGAAGGAAAAUCAAGCCGAGCUGUGCACUUCGGACGACUCCGACUCGUCGAUGAUGGACAUCUCCAUGAGUCCGAUCACCCCAGCCAAACGUGAGCACGCAACACCAAAGAAACGCCACGGGAAAGUCACCGACUACAUGGUCGUUCGUAAGAAGCGUCUCCAGCAUUCGCCAAAACGACUGGACAUCGUUCUGCCUGAAAAUGGUCGUUUGGCGAGUCGUGUUUGA